GCCUACUCUCAACAGCUGGAAAGCACUGAUAAGGUAUCAAUUACACUUCAAUGUGCUGUUGCUUGUACAGAUUCAAUAAUGUUGAUAUGCUAGUAGUAGCUGGGCUUGUUGUUCGACCGCAAAAAUAUUUGUUCUUCAAUUAUUAUCUUAGGGAGAGUAAGUUUCUAAGGCCAAUGAGAUUAUUAUAGAGCAUGUAGAAUUUCAUUUCCAAUUUGACAUCUCGGAUAGUACUCAAGAGCAUGAGAUUGAAAACUACGUCCCAAAUUCUGACCCCACAGGAAAUUGCCGGUAUUCAGAUGGGCCAAGUGUCGGAGGAUUUCCAGUCCGUUGAAGUGGAGAUCGGGGACGAUCCAGCUGAGAGUGGCGACUUUGAUUUCAAAAAGAGCAUGGAGGAAAACUCUCCUAGCGACUCGAAGAAGCCACAAACUGUGUUGGAGUAGAGGAGUUCACGGUGGAGUUACUUCUCAUCAACGCCACAAACUGUGUUGGAGUAGAGGAGUUCACGGUGGAGUUACUUCUCGUCAACAAAAGGUGGACUUCGAAUGUGUCAGACACUAAAAUUCUAUAAGAAUGACGGUAAAGGUAAGGUGAUGGGAUGUACAUGAUGCUAAUAUAUUUUGAGCAGGUCAAGAAGACUGUUGCUUCUCCAUCACCUUGUAAGUCCAUGAGAUUGGUGUUGUAUAACAUGCUAGGGAACUAUGAUCAUGAUGUUCAACAUGGUUCGUUGUAUAAUUUUUCGAGCAAAAAAUAGUUCUUCUAUUGACCCGAUAGAGGAUAGCAAGCAUAAAAACUCACUUCACGUAGGAUUUAUCUUCGAGAACAGACAUGAUAUUUCCAACAACAGUCGGUUGUAGAUUUGUCAAGCGAAGUUGAAAUUAAUACACAACAACUUUGAAGAACAAUUCCUUGAAACAGACUGCAAUAGUCAUUUUUGUACUCCAACUACUUACAUUUACAAGAAACAUCAAUACUUUUUGUAGCAUCCAUGUUGCCGAUUCAUUCUGAAGAAUGAUUAUGGUUUCAGUCUGAGCUAGCCAACCCGC